AUGGAUGGAGGAGACCAACAUUCGCCAAUACAGGCGCAGAGUUCUCCUGCUAGCAGCCCGAUUCCAGCUCCUGAACCAACUCCAAAGAAUGUCCCUCCACUGAAGGUCAAAGGCCCAAGGAGAAGGACCAAAACGGGUUGCCUGACAUGUAGGAAACGUCGCAUAAAAUGCGGAGAGGAAAAACCCACCUGCAACAAUUGCAAAAAAUCAAAGCGAGAAUGUGAGGGAUAUGCCCAACGGGUGAUUUUCAGAAACCCUGUCGGGCCCAUGUCCCAUUUGAGCCAUGGCCCCAUACCUCAAUCCUACACCAAAACUGGUCAGGGGGCAGAUCCUCUUCCGUUCUUGCGUCGCCCUAUCGGCUCCACAGGUUCCCGACCUGAAGGUUCUGGUACACGCGCGCCCUUCAUCCCGCUUGCACCACGUCCAAAUCAGGACACUACAAGUGCUGCACGUGGUGAAUCACAACAUACGUCUGUCCCAGAGCACCAACCCUUGCAACUGAGCCCUAACCGCAACAGCAGCCAAGGCCAACAUGACUUCUAUAGUGAGCUCUAUAGCCUUCAGAGCACAAAGGGUACUAGUUUGCCACUCUCAGAAACGCUGCAGCAAGCGCCGCAGCAUGCCCUAGAUACUCGUUUGGAAUUGCCUUCAUCCCAACAAUCCCUGGACAACACCUUUCUGGGUGAUUACGAGCCGUCAGUGAUCAUUUCAAAGCAGAUGGCACAUCAAUCUUAUAUGUCUUCAGGUCAACCUCAACCUGAGCCCCGUUUUCAUGUAAGUUAUAAUUUUUCAACUGUCUCUAAACAGAUUGACAUAGAUGAAGGUCAACCUAGUACCAACAAGUUUGAACCAGCAUCCGUUGAGAAUUACACCCUUGGGUUUCCAGACCGUAAUGCGGGACAACCAGCCAAUUACUACUACGAGGAUGAAAUUGAUGACUAUUACGAUGUCCAAACUGACGAAGAGAUGGAUAUUCAAACCUACAGCUAUCCGCAGCCAUAUGAAACGGAAGUGCCCCAAUCAACCGCCACGCAGCUCAUUCAUCCGUUCCGCUCAAACACUGCUUUCCUGAAUGACGAGUCAUCCCUAACGUCAUACACCCCUUCGCCAUUUGCAUCUCCCCUUAUGGAUCCCGAGGUGACAGGAAUAUUCUGCCAUUUCAUUACUUCAGUUGCGCCUGUACUGUCUAUAUUCGAAAGACAUCCAGUGAACCCGACAGUAAUUCUAUCCACUGCACCAAUCCCACCUUCCCAACAGAGUCUCUGGACGUACACCCUGCCUACACUUGCUCUUAGAAACCAAGCCUUGCUGCACGCAAUUUUAGCUCUCAGCAGCCACCACAUUGCAAAAAUACAGGGGUCAUCUCUCGUGGCAUCGUUCCGCCACUACCACUAUGCCUUGCGACGUAUCUCGAAAGCUGUCAAACUUCCAGGUCGCCGUAAGCAAACAGCAACGCUUGCUGCAACAUUGCUUCUUGGCUUCUAUGAAGUCAUGGGUGCUGAACACUCAAAAUGGAACAGUCAUGUGGCGGGGGCAUCGCAACUGAUCCAGGAAGGUGAUUUUGCGGGUAUGACAAGAGAUAUCCGUUCUAUGAGAGCAAGGGCUAGGCAGGAGCAUAUGCAACUUGCUCAAUCAAUGCCCUGGGUGGGAAUGAUUGCUCCACAAAUAGGCAGUCGCUUCGAAAACGAUUUGUUUGCAGACAAGGAGGCUGAAACUGAUGAUGAAUUGAUUGGCACAUUGAUGGGCAGACCCAUGAGUUAUAAUGAUUUCGGGACGGUAAGGGACGCGAGCCCUAUGACUGCGUCUGAGAAGAAUCUCACAGCUGGGGAUAUCGAAGAAUAUCGGAUCCGGAGCGACCUGUACUGGUGGUAUUGCAAGCAGGAUGUCUAUCAAAGCAUGAUCGGUGGGAAUCCGUUGCUGAUGCCGUUUAAUAUAUGGGGAGCAUGCCCCCCCAGGUCGGGAAUUGGGAAGCUUGAUGCUGUUUAUGGAUCUUUUGACCACCUUGUAUUACUCCUUGCACGAACGGUGGAUUUUGUCUCUAGGGAUCGUGCAAGAAAGGUGAAGGUGAUAAAGAGAAACGGCGGACAAUGGCGCCCCCCACCAGGAUUCUUCCCUUCGGGGAUGGGUUGGGAGGGGCCUGGGGCCCCUCCUGGACCACAACACGAGCCUCCAACCCGCCAUCCUGCCGCACCAUUGUCGAGCAAUAAUAAUAGGGAGAAUAGUCCGCCCAUGUAUGGUAUGAUACCAAAUUCUGGACCCGCCCGCCUUCCCUCUGGCUUUGCUGAAACCUCCCUUCCAACACCUCCCUCCAAACCUGAGCCAGAGAUCAAUGACCUCGACGGACAAACAGCGAAGGCAGAGGCGGAAUGGAAGGAACUUCUCGCGGCUUAUGAAGCAUGCGAAAAAGCAUUUGGCCCUAGUUUUGCACCGCUACAACCCGACAGCGCCCCUCCAAUUGCUACCCCAUUCGGCCCCGCGCUGCAAUACCGCACGCACACCGUAGCCUGCGUCUGGGCAUUUUACUACACGGGCCGAAUAAUCCUCGAGCGAACACACCCGUCCAUGCCUCCAGAAUCCAUGGUGGCCGCGGCAGUCUGCGCAUUCCGCACGGGCCACUUCGCAAACUCUAUCGGCCGUAUCAUCGCGGGAAUCUAUUAUCCGCAGCAAUUUGACGGAGGCGACGCAAGCCUUAACCCGUCAAUUUUAGGCGUAUUGACGGAGUUAAUGAUACCCCUGUUCUUCUCGGGCGUGCAGUACACCGAUCCCGCGCAGCGGGGGUGGACGAUUGCGAAGCUGCGCAAUAUCGCGCGCUUAUCGAGUAUUAGCUCUGCGACGUCUGUUGCCAGCGGGUGUGAAACGGCUUGGAUACAGGCGUAUGAGGCUGGGAAGGGCCCACCGUAUCAGCGGACGAUGAACCACAUGACUCAUGUCGAUAUGGGCCAGGGGACGGUGUCGCGGCUGGCAGGUGAGAGGAAGUUUGUCACGGUUAAUAGGGCGACAUCGGUAACGUGGGCGAUGGGGCUGUUGAGUUUACAGGGGGAUUAUUCGAGGGUUGAUGAGAUUGGGGAGGAAGAGGCAGCUAGCUAG